CUAGCCCAGAGGACCGCACUUGUAAUCGAGAGUAGGCUGUACAACUUGCUUUGUGCUAACAACAGAACAUCGAGGCCUACUGUGAAAAAUGGCAUCCCGCGAGAUACAGAUUAGGCAGAGGGGGCGUGGCCGUCGGCAAGAGGACGAGACCGCCGAUAACAUGCAGGCGGUAAGCCCGUUUUGGAACCGCAUUCUAGACAUGCGAUCAGACAGCAUCGUCAUGACAACAGAAGAUUUGGAGGUGCUGUAUCAAGACGCAGUCGACUGGUUUGAAUCGAUGAGGCCAAGAGAUGGGAUGGGAAACACAGUCGUGUCACAGAUGCCUAAGCUGCUGAGGAUGGUCAUCAAUGCAUCCAACAUGUGCCAAGCAGCUUCAACUCCAAGGGAAGAGAAGGCCGCUCAACAAAUGUUGAAUGAUGCUCUUGACAUGAUGUCAGCUUUUGUGGCCGGCCUUCAAACCACAAAUGAGGAAGAAGCUCGUAUCAUCAGCAGGGCCAUUCAGAAUCGCCGUCCAUUGAAUACACAAGAGCAAGGUAAACUUGCAAAGAUGAAACAAGUACUUUGGACAAAUCGUUCGACAGUUGGGAAGGUGGCUGUUGUUGCAGGUGCUGCUGCCCUGACGUGUGCUGCCGUCCUUGGUAUUCUGUGGGGCCUUGGAGUGGUCGGUGGGGCUGCAGCUGGGGGAACAGCCGGAACAGCGGCAGCUGGAGGAACAGCCGGAACAACAGCAGCUGGGGGAACAGCCGGGGCAGCAGCAGCUACCGGAACAGCCGGGGCAGCAGCAGCUACCGGAACAGCCGGGGCAGCAGCAGCAGCUACCGGAACAGCCGGGGCAGCAGCAGCUACCGGAACAGCUGGGGCAGCAGCAGCUACCGGAACAGCCGGGGCAGCAGCAGCUACCGGAACAGCCGGGGCAGCAGCAGCUACCGGAACAGCUGGGGCAGCAGCAGCAGCUACCGGAACAGCCGGGGCAGCAGCAGCUACCGGAACAGCCGGGGCAGCAGCAGCUACCGGAACAGCCGGGGCAGCAGCAGCUACUGGAACAGCCGGGGCAGCAGCAGCUACCGGAACAGCCGGGGCAGCAGCAGUAACAGUUACCGGAGCGGCAGAAGCAGCCGGGGCAGCAACAGCUACCGGAGCAGUUAUCGACAUAACAGCAAUCACGGCAGUGGCCGAAACCGGAGGAACGAGGGCAGCCGUUGGCGUUGCUGCCAUUGUGAUCAAGGCGAUCACGCGCAAAUAAGCAUGACGCUUUUAAUCUCAAAGCAGAUGUUGGGAGGCCAAAUUGUUACGAUAACUUAACCCAGAGCAACCUAAUGAUUUCGCUUCUACAUCUUAACUUGAAAAUCUAUCUGUGUUUUUGGUAAGCCUAAACUGUGAUUUCCAACACAAAAAUUGGACUGACGCAAAUUUUUUUACUCAGACUCGAGUCUUUGUCAAAGAAUGGGCAAUUCACUGCUCCUGUGACGUCAUAUUGAACAUGUUUCGAUUGUAGAUGCGAAGAACAAUGAUAUAUAGCCACGCGAGCAUUGAGUAGACAAUGGUAAGGAUAAAAUGAUGACUGAAAGACAAUGGUGAGGGUAAAAUUUAAAUGGUGACAAAUUUGUUAAUAGUAGACAUUGGUGAGGGUAAAAUGGAGACAGAAAUUUGUUAAUAGAUAGUGGUGAGGGUAAAAUGGAGACAGAAAUUUGUUAAUAGAUAGUGGUGAGGGUAAAAUGGUAACAGAAAAUUGUUGAUAGAAUAAUGGUGAGCACAAAAUGGUGGCAGAAGCUAGAUUGUCAAUAAGAGAUAUUAUUGAGUAUUAUAUGGUGGCAGACGCGGGCAGUGAGCACAAAUGUAAAGUUUGCUAUCAGUUGAGUUCCAGUGUAGUGUUAAUCGAAGUUUUGUUGCAGUUUUGUGAAUAUUCGAAGCUUGGUGAGGAAUGAAGUGUGUUUUGAAGUUACCUUCAACACGUGUCAUUGUAUCUAAUUUCUUUAACAACAUUAAAGUACAGUACGAGUUACCAAUAGAAAAAAAUCACUUUUAUUAUCAACCGUCAAUGGAAUGAUAUGUAAUAAAAGUGGAUGAUGUA